AUGGACUCUCGUGUUGAAGCGUUAGAGAAGAACCAGGAAGAAAUGCAUACUGAAAUCGAAUCCUUACGUUCUGACAUGACUAGCCGUAUGGAUAGUAUAGACGGUACCCUUGCCAAGAUGUCUGAAUUGCUGUUUUCAUUACAUGGGAAACAUUCUGCAGAAUCUAGUGUAUCUCCGGUGGCUGUUCCUGGUGAAAAUUCUCCAGACACUACCAACUCCACCCCGGUACCAUUACCGCAGGUUCCUCCGGUCAGUCAUCCGCUACAAUCUAACAGAUUAGAGAUUCCAACAUUUGAUGGCACAGAUCCAGUAGGAUGGCUGGCUCGGGCAGAUCAAUUCUUUGCCAUUCACUGCACACGUGAUGAUUUGAAGGUGCCAACGGCUUUCAUCAGUAUGGAAGGACCGGCACUCCAUUGGCUCCGAUGGUUGCAACAACAACAUCCGUCUCUCACGUGGAGUCAAUUUACAGCAGAACUUUUGGACGAAUUUGGUGGUGGACUUUCCGGGCAUCCGAUUGAACAAUUAGCCGCGAUGCGCCAAACGGGAACUGUUGAUGAUUUUGCCAAUACAUUUAGGGCUCGUGUUGCCCAAAUUCCCGGUUUGGCAUCUCACAUUCAAUUAGGGCUUUUUCUGAAUGGUUUGAAACCAGCAAUUAGGGUGCGGCUCCGACCGAAUGAUGUAAUAGACCUCCGAACGGCAAUGCGUGUGGCUCGCGCUGUGGAACGGGAGAUUGAAUUUGUUUCCACUGGUCGACUUCCGGGGCGUCAUCUACACGACGAAGAUGCAGCGUUCAAAUCCCCUUUGCAUAAUAAAUCCACUUGGUCUACUGGGCUUGAGAAGACUUAUCAAACCCAUUCUUCUUCAAGAUAUUCUCAGCCCAAACCCAAUCCAGCCCAAUCCCAAUUUCACAGUAAAAAUCCAGCAUCAUCCUUCUCUUCCCAGACACAAACGCCGUUUCCUUCUACGCAAUCUUCCCUGCGCACCUCUGGAACGUUAAUGUCUCGGACUCCACCACGUCGUUAUUCCAACAAGGAGUACCUCGACAUGCGUGCACGAGGGCUCUGUUUUAGAUGUCAGCAACCUUAUAGUCCAUUACAUGUCUGCCCCAAUAAAUCACUUCAAACAUUGAUAGCAGGAGAAGAUGAAGAGAGUGAUGAAGGCGGCCACAUCAGUGACAAUAAUCCUAUCGUCGGGGGAGAUUUUCCGACAGAUGCUUCACAAUUCUCCCUGCUUGAGCUUCCGUUGACUGCCAUGGGAGGAAUUGACGGACCAAAAACAAUGAAAUUUCGGGGUAGAAUUGCGGACAUGGAUGUUGUUAUAAUGGUGGAUAGUGGGGCAAGUCACAAUUUCAUCUCCCACCAUUUAAUUGAUCGCAUCCCGCACCCAUUGGAACCUACCACGAAGUUCAGCGUGCGUUUGGGCGAUGGGCGUCGAACUGAAUCAGACGGUAAAUUUCCACAUCUUCCAGUUGAUUUGGGUCCAAUAAAAAUGAAAUUAGACUGUUUUGUUUUUCCUCUGGGAGGGGUGGACUUGAUUCUGGGCAUCGCUUGGCUGGAAACACUAGGGGAUGUCAAGGCAAAUUGCGCAAAGCUAACCAUGGAAUUUGAAUUCAAUGUUGCUCCUAUCCCAUUGGUUGGUGACCCGGCUCUAGCUCGUUUACCUAUUUCCUACAACUCAUUAGAAAAAAUGGAUGACUUUGAAUAUUGUGGUUUGCUAUGGGAGAUCUCGGUUUUGCCAACAACAAUACAGAGUACUAGUGACAUUUCUACAAGAUCGUCCCCGGUGAGUGUAAUCCCUUAUCGUUAUGGCCAUAAUCAGAAAAAUGAGAUUGAAAGAUUGGUGGGUGACAUGCUUACUGCGGGAAUCAUCCAGCCUAGUUCAUCUCCAUUUUCCAGCCCUGUUUUAUUAGUCAAGAAAAAGGAUGGUAGUUGGCGUUUUUGCGUUGACUAUCGGGAACUCAACAAGGUGACGAUACCAGAUAAAUAUCCCAUUCCAGUGAUACAGGAAAUGUUGGAUGAACUUCAUGGUGCACGGUACUUUUCCAAGCUUGACCUCCGUUCCGGUUACCACCAGAUUUGA